AUGCCACGAAGCAGAUAUCGACAUUUUGGUCCGUGCAUCGGAAUACAAAGUUUUGUGUAGUGAACGAGACGUCUGCAAUAUGUCUGACUAUUUGGAAAUAUUUUUAGAUAAUCAUAGCUGUAAUUAAUUGUAAAAGCUAUAAAAACGUUAUUGAUGUCAUGGAUUACACAUGACAAAUACUACAAAUAGAUCGAUAAGAAGACGACUUACAACGAAGAUAUGUAUUGUUGUGGGUCGUGUGGUAGCCUCGCACUCGCAUGUCAAUAAGAGAUAUGCGCGUCACGGACGUAGUGCGGACUGGUGCUUCGUUCUGAGUGCGCAUUUCGUCAAGGAGAGACACUGACCUUCGCGACGACAGCGAAUAUCAAGACGUCAAAAGUGUUUUUACGGAAUUGUAGACGAAAGUGAGGCAGGAUGGAUCAAAUGGUGCAGUGCCCUGUGUGCACGCUCUACCUGCACAAUGGGAUCACACUAGAAUCUCACCUUGAUACCCAUCCCAAAGACCAGGUAAUAAAAGCAUUGUGCAACCUAACCACGAAGGCCAGUAGUAGCUAUGCAAGCAGAACAUCCACACCGAUGCACUGUGACCGCUCGUACAGAAGCAGGUCUCGGACUCCAGCAGUGGACGACAGAUGGUCCCACAGAAGUAGUGAAACGGAUAGAUACUGGCGAAGAACACCGAGCAGAACUUCCAAAUCAAGUCAGGCAUUAAAUGCUUCCCGCAAUGGAACACCAGACAUUAGAAUGAGUGAUAUGAGCUUUGAAAACAAUAGUGCUAAUCAAUUUUCUGCUCCAUCUUAUCCUCUGAAAGCAGACAAAACUCAACAGUAUCCGAAUACACCGACUGGCGAAUUGGAACCGCCCUAUGCAUAUUACCAGGACACCAAUGAUGAUAGAGAAAUAAAGUAUUCCCGCAGCCCAGAAUACAAUCCUUUGGAUACCAGUACCCCAGUUUUCGCUCAUAACACUCCAACAACUACCAAUGUCAAAAUACAGGCUACUUUGCUUCCAACAGUUACUCGGAGAAGCAAUGAGAAUAUAGUAAAAAUGUUACCAAAACCAAAUAAUAUACUUGUAAAGACUAAUAUGGGUGGAUUACAGUAUAUCACUCCAGGGUUGAAGCCGAUGCAUUUGAUGGUGCCCACUCCUCCAACGUUUGUCCAAAAAAAUGUACAAAGCAACAUGAUUAUGGCCAGUGGUUUACCUGUAAGCACAAUGGUGGAGUCAAAGACAUUGGCCCCAACAAUACCCACAAACCAUUUCAAUCAAAUGACCAGCAGUACCUUCACACCAGGUACAACAGUAGUACAAAAUUCUCAGAUUAUUUAUAGAGAAAUGGUUCAGAAUAUGGAUGGUAAGCGUUUCGUUUCAUGUGUGCCUUCAGUGCUCGGUCAUGAGAAUGUUCCUAAUGUUGCACCGGGGACAUCUAUGUAUCAGAAUUUAAUGUUAGUGGAUCAACUUGGAAAUGCACCAUGCAUGUACACAGCACCGCAGCCCAUUAUACCAAAGCCCUGUACCACAACUGUCUAUCCUAAUAAUGGUAUGGAGGCACCUAGCGGUACCAAUUCAAAUGAACAUAAAGCUGGUCCUUCUUCAGAUGAUCGCAAUAAAACUCUUGUUAAUGAAGUAACUGCCAUUGUUGAUCCAUUGGCCCUUCCUGCUGGAACCAACACGAGUUCGACCACCACCCAAACUGAAGUAGAUAUAUCUAUCCCUAAAAAAACUGAUGUUCAGUCUGUUGAAAAAUGUGACACGCCAGGGUCUAGUAAAGGCUUGAAAAUCCUCAGUAACAUUAAAGUGGAAGUUCCAGUUCAACACAACAAGAAUAUGCUGAACACUGUGAUGGAUCUGACUGGAACCACAGACCCUGAGGAUCCUGAGAGGUCAGAGACACCUGAGAAAAUUCUACCUGAUUUAGAUGAUCACAAUCAUAUGUCUGAUGAUUGCACCCAACCAUCAAUAUCUAGCAGUGACAGUGCAGUCUCACAUGCCUUUUCUGUGAUAAAAAAUGUUGGUAACCCACCAUCUUAUAAAGAAUCUUCCAUCAAAUCAAGUAUAGAUAGUAAAAUCGAUGCAGAAUUUUCUGACAGCUGCCCAGUCCCAGAUUUAAUAUGUAAUGAGAAACCAUCUAUAUCACCUUGCAGCGAAUUAUCAGAGGUUGGAGAUAACUCUGCUGAUCGUGCUUCAGUAUGUAACUCGGAAUCGCCUAAACCUCAAAUAAACCAAUCAAUUAGUUUAGAUAGUAAUACUGAUAAGAAGCCCCAAUCGGCAAUAAAACCAUACAGACACAAUGCACUACGAUUAAAUAAUAUAUUUGUGAAAAAGCACAAAAAAAUAUUACAAAUAAAAAAUGCAAAGCAGUCCAGUAGUCAGUUGGAUCACACAGAAGUAGAGCCACAAGCGUCGUCAUCCUUUUGUAACUCGCCUGAAAAUUUUCCUAGAGGCUCACCGGCUUCAUUUAAGUCGGUCGAAAAAUUCUCUCAAGCAUCACCUGCUUCAUUUAAGUCGGUCGAAAAGUUCUCCCCAGCGUCACCGGUUUCAUGUAAAUCGGUCGAAAAAUUCUCUCGAGCGUCACCGGCAUCAUUCAAGUCGGUCGAAAAGUUCUCUCCAGCGUCACCGGCUUCGUGUAAGUCGGUCGAUAAAUUCUCUCGGGCGUCGCCGGCUUCAUUUAAGUCGGUCGAAAAAUUCUCUCAAGCAUCACCGGCUUCAUGUAAGUCGGUCGAAAAAUUAUCUCGAGCGUCACCGGCUUCAUUUAAGUCGGUCGAAAAAUUCUCUCAAGCCUCACCGGCUUCUUGUAAGUCGGUCGAAAAAUUCUCUCCAGCGUCAUCCUUGUGCAAGUCGCCGGAUAACUUUUCUCGAGCGUCAUCAUCUUCGUGCAAGUCGCCGGAAAUUUUCACCCGCGCGUCGUCAUCUUGUAAAUCACCUGGAAAUUUUUCUCGAGCGUCAUCGUCCUCGUGCCGAACACCCGAAAAUUUUUCAAUAACUAAAAUGAUUUGCUCCGAAAAGUCUGAAUGUUUAGACGAAAAGAGUCCUUUAGAAUCGAUGCCAGAAGAGAAGAUGAUCGAGAAAGACGAAGAAGACCAAGAUCAUAACGAUUUCGACGCCGACACGGAGGAGCAGUCGAUGGACAUCGAGCCCGUCGCGUCCUCCAGCCUGAACACUUCGGACCAGUUCACGACCAGCAUAGACGUGGUGCAGGUCAAAGAGGAGGUGAACACGAGCAACGAGGAUCCUUUCAGCAACGAGAACAGUAAUUCCAAUCGCGAGAUGGAACCUUUGGACGGUCUGCGGCCGAUCAACGUGAUAUCGUACGGCAACAUGCCGCCGGGGGAGUUCGACGAGGAGUCGAACCAUCGCGAGCUUCUCGAGCUGGAGGCUGCGUCGAAAAACAAGCAGUUCGUCAGCAUGAUGAACGAGAACUACUUCGGGGACAACAUCUACGCGGACUACUUUACUCCGGACCGCGUGGAGGCGUUCGACGCGGCCCGGGAGGCGCCGUCGUUCGCGAAAGAGAAUCCGAAGGAUAUGUACCUGUGGGGCGAGUCGUCGCACCACAAGGAGAGCGAGUUCGUGCUGCCGAACUUUAUACACGAGAGUUAUAAGAUAGCGGAGAGCAGCGCGGUGGAUUAUGCCGAGAUGGGGAGUAGAGCGGUGCGGGUAGACGUGGAAGUGGACGUGUGCGAGCGGGACAGCAAGGCGGACGUGCUGGGCGAGGCCGGGCCGGGCGAGGCGCCGCUGAACAUUUGCGCCGACGAGCGGAUGCCGCCGCGCGGCGAGCUCAGCGGCCAGGAGAGCAACGGGGACACGGAGUCGCCGUGGAACGGAAUGUACACGGACGUACCGCCUUCGGAGCCCUACGAUUUGAUCGCGCGCGAGAGUUGGGUGUCGGACGGCUCCGAGAUAGAUACCAAUGAGAAGCGGGAAAAUUUGGAGGAAGAGAUCCAUUUCGCGCAAAAAGGGCGUAUUUUCACGUGCUCGAUAUGCGGCUCUAAGUUUCCCUCGUUGUACGAGAUGCGUGCGCAUAAGUCAGCGGCGCAUGCGCCUUUGACUGUUCACGCGCCGCUCGUGGCGCCCGCCCUAGCGUCCCAGCUGUCCCCCCACCCUCCGCAGUUCGUUCUGCCCCCCCACUCGCUGCAGCCACCCGAAACGGCGCGCACGUCAUACAGCAGGAUGCUGACCGCGAGGAUUAUCAAGAAAGAGGAAAAACCGGACGACGCCACUGGAGUUCCUGGCACUGCCGGAAUGCCGCUAGACUCGAAAGAGGUGCUCGCGAGCAGUAUGCUUCAGUACGACGCUCUAGGAGAGGCCAAGCCCAAGCUCGAGGCGCUCAUCAAGCAGGAGGCCAAGGCGCGCCGCAAGAGAGACUUCGUCUGCCCCACGUGCAAGGAGGACCAGCUAACCGAGGUGGCGUUCCAGGCGCACCUCAAGAUCCACCCUUUAGAGUGCCUGACGUGCGGCAAGUGCUUCUUCCGCCGCUCCAACCUUCAGCUGCACAUCAAGAUGCAUCUGGGCAUCAGGAACCAUAAGUGCGAGGUAUGCGAAAAGCGGUUCAUCACUCGACAGAAACUGAUUGAGCAUCAGAACGUGCACACCGGCCGCACGCCCGUCAAGUGCACCAUCUGCGACGACACCUUCCGCCGCUACUCCAACAUGGUGCAGCACCGGGACCGCCACCACUUCCAAAAGAAGGCCAAAGUGCGUGACUUUGUGUGCCACUGCGGAGCCGUGUUCCAUUCGCGGGCCAAGCUGCACUGGCACCAGGAGACACACGACGGCAAGCCCAAGGCCUGCCUCUACUGCUCCGACAAGUUCGUGCACGCGGCUUCGCUCACGCGCCACAUACGACGCACGCACAACAUCUUCUUCCUGUCCGACCGGAGCAAGGCUAAGGAGAACGUGCCGUGUCCCGUUUGCAAGCAGAUGUACCUUAGAUCGAACCUGCGCGCCCAUUUACUGACACACAGCGGCAAACGACCACAUCUAUGCGUCAUUUGCAACAAGUCCUUCAGCACCAAGUGGAACCUAAAGCUGCACAGGUGGACACACAUGUCAAGAUCUGCUAAACCAUUUAAGUGUAACCUGUGCAAGGGAGCUUUCAUCAGACAGGCGGAGUACAUAUCCCACAUGAACGCGCACAAGUCGUUCCGGCCCUACACGUGCAACUACUGCGGCUGCCAGUUUAUCCGCAAGUACAACUGCCAGCGACACGUCAGAGAACACGAGACCGCCAAAAAGUACGUGUGCAAAGUCCCCGAGUGUGGUAAGUCGUUCCACCGGAGCUACUACCUCUCCGAACAUAUGAAGGUCCACAGCGGAGCCAGACCCUUCGCCUGCAACAUCUGCGGAAAAACCUCCAGCAACAAAUCCAACCACAACAAACACCUUAAAAUCCACCACGCGCGGGAACCCGUCGCCACCGAGGCGUAGUCCCGACGCACGUAGUUAGAAACCAAUUUUAAUCUUAUAUUCACCCUUGUGAUCGUAACGUGUCAUUUUGUUUGUGAGCACACGGAAUUUGAAGUGCCUAUAAAGAUUAUAUUAUGAGGUCACAUUACGGACGGAUAGUUUACGACUCUUAGCGAAUUAAUUGUACGUUUAUUUUAAGUACCGAUAAAAGAUUAAUAUGUAAUUUAAGACAGAUGCGUAUCGGCAGAUUACAUGAUUGAAAUUGAUGAAUGCUGUAAAACUUAAUAUUGAUAAACGACUGAUCGAUUUAGAUUUAAUUUAAUUGAUAUGGAUCUUAUCGUCUGUCUCAAAUUGAGGCAGUGUAAGUAACGGACUACUUAAGUAACCUUAGAACCUUAUUCCGUGUGCGCAAGGUUCCAUGUUGUUUGUAUUGUAUUCCUAUUAUUCUGGCGACUACCGCGUGGUUUGUGUUGUGCUUGCGUUCGACUGACUAGCU